GUCCCUAGCAAUUGGAACCAAAGCUGGUUACAAGCUGUUUUCUUUGAGUUCUGUGGAGCAACUGGACCAAGUCCAUGGGAAUAACGAAAUCCCCAAUGUCUACAUUGUGGAACGCCUCUUCUCCAGCAGCCUGGUGGUGGUGGUCAGUCACACAAAGCCACGGCAGAUGAACGUGUAUCACUUCAAGAAAGGCACAGAGAUCUGCAACUACAGCUACUCCAGCAAUAUCUUAUCCAUCAAGCUGAACCGGCAGAGGUUGCUGGUGUGCCUGGAAGAGUCCAUUUAUAUCCACAACAUUAAGGAUAUGAAGCUGCUGAAGACCCUUCUGGAUAUUCCUGCAAAUCCAACAGGUCUGUGUGCCCUCUCUAUCAACCAUUCCAAUUCUUACCUGGCCUAUCCUGGAAGCCUGACUACAGGCGAGAUUGUGCUUUAUGAUGGAAGCUCCCUGAAAACAGUCUGCACCAUUGCUGCCCACGAGGGCACGCUGGCUGCCAUCACCUUCAACUCCUCAGGCUCCAAACUAGCAAGCGCAUCAGAGAAAGGCACAGUCAUCCGGGUGUUCUCGGUACCUGAUGGGCAAAAGCUCUAUGAGUUCCGCAGAGGAAUGAAGAGGUACGUGACAAUCAGCUCUCUGGUUUUCAGUAUGGACUCGCAGUUCCUGUGUGCCUCCAGCAACACGGAGACCGUGCACAUCUUCAAACUGGAACACCUCACCCACAGCCGCCCGGAAGAGCCUUCCACCUGGAGUGGCUACAUGGGAAAAAUGUUCAUGGCCGCCACCAACUACCUCCCCGCCCAGGUGUCGGACAUGAUGAACCAGGACAGGGCUUUUGCCACCGGACGCUUGAACUUCUCUGGGCAGAAGAACAUCUGCACGCUGUCCACGAUCCAGAAAUUGCCAAGGCUGCUGGUCGCCUCCUCUGAUGGACACCUUUACAUCUACAAUCUGGACCCUCAGGAUGGAGGAGAGUGCGUCCUAAUCAAGACUCACAGCUUGCUUGGCUCAGAAACCGCCGAAGAGAACAAAGAAAAUGACCUCAGACCUCCCUUACCUCAGUCUUACGCAGCGACCGUAGCCAGACCAAGCCCAUCUGCCGCCUCCACCAUGCCAGGUUACUCUGAGGACGGCGGGGCACUCCGAGGAGAAGUUAUUCCGGAGCACGAGUUCGCAACGGGACCAGUGUGUCUUGAUGAUGAGAAUGAGUUUCCCCCUUUUCCAUUUAGGGAAACACAGAGACCCGUUUGUGAGCUUCAGUUAGCAAACACCCCAGCGAGUCAACUUGAAGCCGGUGCAGAUGGAAGCAGGAUGAGACCACGGCUUGGACAACCGACUCCUAGAGCCAGAGAAGGCAGCGCAGUGUCCACAAGGCCUUGCUCGGAAUUUCUUUGGUGACCGCUGUCGUAUGUCAGUGAGAUCCACUUGUAAAAGACAGUGCAGGUUUGCUUCCCCUUUCCCAUGGAUCCAUGGAACAGCCUAGGAAGCACAUUUGGCUGAAGGAAGAACACAGCUCUUGGGGGCCCUUCGUACACUGCUGGGGGUGUCUGGGACUUCCUUGUUGGCUCUGGGGACUGCAGCUUGAGAUUGGCAGUUCUGGCUUCUACUAGGCGGGUUUCCAGAUAUGUUGCCGGCAAGCGAUGUUUGUAUCCUAGUGGUAGGGAGGAGUGGCUCUUUCAAAUACUAAUUUUACAUCUCAAAACAUCCGUUGGCGUGCUGCCUAACGGUUGUUGCCUAAACCAGUUGUUUAGCCUUUGGGUUCUUGCGAUGCCAACUGUCCCUAGAGGGAGUUUUUCUGUCUCCGUGAGAGUGGGUGAUUACUUCAUGGAAAUUGCAUCUUUCAGGCACCAGAGCAUUCUAGGUCAGACACAGUGGGGACAAAUGUGACCAUCCCACUCCACCCAGGUUUACAGCACUCAGACGCUCACUGGAUUCUGUUCUAGUAAUUUUAGCAAAAGCCUGUGGCUGGUCUAAAAUAUUGCAAGGUUAUGAAUUAGAUUCUUAAUUGCAAUCAGCAAAAUUACAGCCUCUCAAAUUUACAGAAUUAGGGUAAUUUGGACACUGGCAAUUAGAAUGUAGUCCCUUGCCAGAAAAAACCUGUAUAAAUCAUAAGUACCCUCUGCAUUUGUUCGGGGUAAAACCAGAAUUGGAGAUGCUUCAUAUUAGAACUAGUGCUCAAAUUAUCACCCGGCCUGAACCUGCAUACAGCGCAUGAAGCUGGCUAAGAGCCAGUUGGCUUAAAUCUCAUCAAGAAUUUUUAUUAAUAUAAAAGAGAUGUUCCCUCUCAGAGAGAAAGUUGGUCAUUGAAUGAGGACACUAGAGCAGUUGACACCAGUGUCAGGCAGCCCCUAGAUGCAGGGCAGGUCCUGGGUGUCACGGCAGUCCCAAGGCCCAGCUUGUCCUUGAGCCUCCGGGUAGACGGGUAGAAGACACCACCUCCUGAGGGCCUGGCCAGUAGCAGGCAGCUUCUCCACGUCACCGCGCUGGGACCAGAGACGUGCGUGCGCCUGCGGUGCUGCUCAGCGCCGCUGUGUCAGCUGUCCCAUAGUGGCGGCAGCGUUCCGGCAGGGACAUUAGAAACUCCCUCUCCUUGCCUGUAUUCAAAAUGACCAUGUCUGCUGCAAGCAUUUGUCCAGAAUCCGCAUCUUCACUCAUAUGCCUUAAAAGCUGCUGAGACUACAGAAGAAUCUUAGUGUCUCAGCUUGGUUAAAAACACUCUUCUCGGUAGGAGCACAGGCUCGCGGGGCGCCCCCAGCCUCUGCCUUCAGAACACGGGUGGUCGCGGAUGGCCUUUGUGAAAUGUACUGACGCUGCCUGUGGGCCGUCCCUUCCUCCUUGGGUUUUAGUAGAGGCGCUAGAGAGCCGCCCAUCUCUGGGGCCUGAGGGAGAGGCUGCCUCUGAAGGCCGCGCAGCUUCUGCCUCGGUGGCGUAUACUGACCCUGUAAUGGCGACCUAGUCUGUGUUUACAAGUAAGAUGACCCUUUUUUUAAAAAAUGCACAUACACAUAUAAAUAUACACACGCGCAUGCACAUACAGAGUCAGUAUUUUUGGAACCUGCCGUGCUUGUCUUUCACCUGCCUCAGGUGGGUGGCUUUCCUGAGGUGUGGGUGAGGGUCAGCCUGGGGGUGCACGGAAAAGCCCCCCAGGGUCCGCCGCCUGUGUUCACCUCGUAAGGGCAUAGACCUUAGCGGACAGCGCUGCCCACAGCCUCUUCCUGGGGAGAGUAAGGCCAUUCUGUUUUGAUUCCGGUAGAUAAUCUUGUGCCGUGGAAGUCAGAAGGGCAAAGCGAAGCAGUGCUGACGAGAAGCGCACCUCAGAAAUCAGGACAGCCCUUGUCGGGUGGUUUUGGAGAAAACAAGGAAGGUGGAAGAAUGGAGUGCGAUUGUGUGAACAGGAAGGGGGGCAGGAACCCCGGGUGCUGCGCUUCCUCAGCCACGGGACGCGGCUGACUCCUCACCGAGACCCCGGGCACCUGGGACCCUGCGUCUACCCCGUGCUGUCUCGGAUCCCUUCAGACCACAGUGUAAAUGCUAACUAACCAUAUUGGUAUGUAGCCAAAACUUUAUAUUAAAAAGGGUAUCCUUUUUAAAUGUAUGCUGUGUAAAAAAAUGUACUUAUAGGAAAACCUCUUUGAAUUGUAUUUCUUGUAUAUUACAUUCAUAUAGAGAAAUUAUUUUAGUCGGGCAAAGUAUUUUUGCAGUGAUUGGAAUACAUCAUUUAUUACCUUUGAGUCCCAUUUAGGACACUAAUAAAAUAUGGCAAUGCA